AUGCUAGUUGCUGUAGCGUACGAUGCAAAUAACCAACUGUUUCCGAUUGCCUUUGCAAUUGUUGACAGCGAGAAUCAUGACUCUUGGAAGUAUUUCUUGCAAAAGUUAAAGGAAGCGAUUGGGGAGGUUGAAAACUUAGUGUUUGUAUCGGAUAGGCAUCAAAGCAUUGAACAUGCUGUCGAGGUUAUUUUCCCCGAAGCAUGCCAUUGUGCAUGCUACAAACAUAUUUCUAUGAAUGUCACCCACAAGUUCAAGACUGAUGUGUGUAACACGCAAAUAUGGUUGGCCGCUUACGCAUGGUCGAAGAGGGAAUGUGAUAGACAUUUGCAGGUGCUCCGACAGAUGGAUCCUCCCAUCGCUGCUUAUGUUGACAAUAUAGGAUUAGAAAAAUGGGCUCGUCCUUAUUGUCUAGGAGACAUUGAGUUCAUAAGGUUCACACUACAAAAUUGGUUUGCUAACCGUCUUGAGAAGGCAAGUAAGUGUGUUACCCCUUUGGCAACUCAUUUUGAGGAAGAUUUGAUAAAGCAACACGAGGAUGGUAGACGUAGAAGUGUCCUACGUAACGGUGCACAAUUGUUUAAUGUUGGAAGAGGUGCAGACGGUUCUGACUUUGAAAAAGGCGGAGAUGUGAACUUAGUUGAGAGAACAUGCACUUGCGGCAUGUUCCAAUUGUUGAAAAUUCCUUGUCCCCAUGCAUGUGCCGCAGCGCUUACUCGUAAUGUCGGUGUGUACGCUCCGUCAUCUCCCUAUUACACAAAGGAGACGUGGAAGAAUACUUACGAUGCAACAAUUAAUGUUGUGGGCGAGGAGGAUGAAUGGGUGCUUCCGUAA